CUCGAUCUGCUUCAGGGCGCGCUCGACUCGCCCGACACACACUUGACCGCGCCGCUUCCUCCCGCACGAUGGGGGUCCGCUAGACACCCUCUCCAACUGACCCGCGAAACUCACGAGCUCCUCGCGACGAGGGCCGAAGCGGCGCUGAGACACCUUCUGGUCACUGACAACUACGACUCAGUCAGUAACUUCAUCGCGCUCCACGAUGAGUUCGCCAAAUCAGAUCAAGUGCUGUUCGAUGUGUUCGAAAAGUACGCGCCGCCGAUAAGAAGUCAGAAACACACGUGUGUGGGCCUGAGUAUCGAACUGAUUCGACGAUGGCGGGUGCUGGAGAAGAAUUUCCGCGGAUACGCCGGCGCGACGAUGCUGGCGUCAUGCGAGGAGGCUGUGGUCCACGUUGAGGAGUACGUGGGGGCGGGGCCAGGACCGGAUAGCGUACCAAACGCAGAGAAGGAGCACGUGAUGGUGUGCGUCCAGGUCGCAGUGGACGGGAGGCCGGGAGUGAUGUUGGCAGACCCCGGCUACCACGUGCCCAGGAUAGUCACCGUGAUGGCCGACCGGGCCUACCCUCACACAGGCUGGUUCCUCCAAUCAGAUGAACCACAGUGCCGCAAAGAGUACGAGUACACCUUCAAUGUCCAGAACAGCGGCUACGUGGAGUGGAGAGAGCGGCAGACCAGGGGAGGAAACGUUAAGCUGCAGACAUCCCUGGUGUACGUCGCCAAGCCUUACCUGGACGCGGUCAACGUUACCGAGAGAAGGAACCUUGUGUAUAACUUCAGGAGCCUUCUGUCCCGCGACCAAAAGGGUCAUCUAAAGGCCGGGUUGUACUUUCCCGUAGACGGGCGGGGCAAGGACGCCGUGUUUACGCUUUUCAUCGACAACGGGGAGCAGCACAAGACCAAGUAUAAAUUCAACAUGUUCACAGAUACAGAUAAUAUACCAGAAUCGGUCAAAGACGAAGUGGAACGAUGCAACACCAUGAUGAAUUAUAAGGCUGGUGAACUUCUUGGCAUAAUCUGCAAGUUAGCUGAAGUGCUCGCCAAUGAAACAUUCGUCGACCAACUGCUUGAAAUCAACGAGGAAAUCUGCCGGCUGUGCCUCUAAUAUUCACAAAAUGGCGACCAAAACAAAAUGGCCGCCCGCAAGCGCAAAAAAGCCCUAAUAUCUAACAUUUUCUUUACAAUAUUUUUAUAUUGGGAAUUGGUAUAUUAGAUAGUUGAUCACAUUUAUUUAAUCUAGUUAGUUGUUGUAGAUGUUUUUGUCAUAUGCAUCUUCAUUGGGUGUUUUUGGUCAUUUUAUUUUAACAUGAUAAAUUAAAUCUGAAUUUAAAUUGAUAAUACCUAAAUACUCGUUAAUUGGAUUAAAAUUUUUAGUGAUUUA